GCCAUUGUCCACUCCAUGUUUGUUGCAGGGAGGGUACGGUAAUGAUGUCUUUCGCAUUUGGUAUCCUUUGGUUGUUGCUUGUCCAGCCGUUUUGGGCUCAUGGGCGUGGACCUUUUUGCAGAAGCUAAUUGGAUCCAGCAUGAUGCAAUGGUUUUCAGAUUCGGAAACAUCACCGCUCAAUGCAUACCAUCACAACGCAGUGGAGAAGACCGCACAGAGGGUCGGAGAGCUCAAGACAUGCAUCAAAAGCCACUACCAGUCUGCCUAUGAAUAUGACCCUCACUUCACUUGCAUCGCUGUGCUGCAGAGGCUCUUUACGCAGAUAGCGAGGAGAGGAGUGAUGAAAGGGACCUAGAGCUUGAGAGGGACCCAGAGCAGCCGCCAGUGUAUUAUGAUUUGUUCAUCACCUUGGGGCAACUUGUGGGUUGCCUGUUCAUUCAGGUUGCUUUGCUGGUUGCACUCUUACGAGGGCAUGUGUUCAACGACCCCGGCCCGGAGAGAGAGACGACGAUGUUCACGGUUGCCUCCGCUUGUGCGUGCUUGGCCUUUGUUGCUCAUGCAACAAGCGAGUGGAAGGAAGUCUUUCACUUGUGGGAAAUAGCCUCAGCAGGCUGGAGCAAGCCUUCAUGCUUCGUUUGGGCAUUGAUCUUCGCAAUUUUGCCGAAGGCUCUUUUCGCGCUUGGCUUUACUGUUCUGGCUCCGUUUGUCUUCCUGGAUGCUGAUAGAAAGACUGAGCUCAUCUUGAAUUGCACUGGUCUCAUGUUUUUGCUUCAGGUCGACAAUGAACUGUUCAAAGCCACAGGGGGCGAGCUGUCAGGAAGCGAUCUUGAUGCUCUUGCAGACCGAGUGCAGCAAAGUUAUUUUGCAAUCAAAGACGGACAUAUCAAAAAGGGUUCCUCUUCUCGGAGCGAAAAAGACAAUUUUAGAAAAACAUACCAAAAGAAAAGGAGGCAGCAGAGGCAACUUGGUUUUUCGAUUUCAUUCGUGCUUUCCGUGAUUGGCUAUUGUUUCUUUAAGAAGUAUGUAUCUAACUCUGCUACUAUCACCACUCUUAUCACCACAACUACUCUUGCACCAUUUCCAGCGUUAGCUCCUUUCGGUACCCCAGCUUAGGACACCCUGUGCGAUUCGAUUGGAAUUUGCAUUGGGUGUUCUGAGGCACACUAAAAGCCUUUGACCUUUGUGCAUCAUUGCUUGGGCAAUGGCCAAGUUUUUGAUGAUGCAUCCAGCUUGGCUUGUUUGGAGGCGGCACACUUGUGACUUAAUGUGAAAAAAAACACCUCCAGCUGAACCGAGCAGAGGACAUGCGGCAAAAGCGACCAAAAAGGCGUCUUUC